GCAUGGCAGGAGAGAGCGGACCCAAAGCGCCCAAGAAAGGAGCGAAGAAGGCGGUCUCAAAGGCCACCAAGAGCGGGAAGAAGAGGAGGAGACCCAGGAAGGAGAGCUACGCCAUCUACGUCUACAAGGUCCUGAAGCAGGUCCAUCCCGACACCGGGAUCUCCUCCAAGGCCAUGGGCAUCAUGAACUCCUUCGUCGGGGACAUCUUUGAGCGCAUCGCCGGGGAGGCCUCCCGUCUGGCUCACUACAACAAGCGCUCCACCAUCACCUCCAGGGAGAUCCAGACCGCCGUCCGCCUGCUGCUGCCCGGAGAGCUGGCCAAGCACGCCGUGUCCGAGGGCACCAAGGCCGUGACCAAGUACACCAGCUCCAAGUAAAGACCCAACCUGACCAACGGUCCUUUUAAGGACCACCACGUCCUCACCUCAGAGCUCUCAUCCUGGACAGGAAAUGACCAUGAA